CUACCAUGUAUUUAAUCAGGCUGGUCUCAUCAAAAUUUCGUUUGAAAUGUUACUAAAGAACAUCCGCAAAAAUACGUAUGAAAUCGACUUAAUCGUGAGUAACGCCGGGUUCACACCGGACGCGGAAGCGACGCCGAAGCGAGGCGGUAGCGCUAAUCCCUAAAGCGCCGGCGCUUGGCGGUUCACACCGGGCUUGUUGCUCCAAAAUUAACUGCAUCCGCGUCCCAACAUGUGUCCUUUUUAGUGUUGUCUUUAUACAACAUGUUCCGAGGAUCAUACAACUCACUGUACUUCUCCACUUCAAUUAUUAAUUUAAUGUCAUCCAUGUUGAAGAACUUCUCCGCUGUUUGCUCCGUUAAAUGUCGGGUGUCGAGGGUAAAUUACGUAUUCUCCACUCAAGCCUAUGUGGAGAAUCUCUCUCUUUUUAUCAUUAUGACUGCUUGUGUGGCUGUAGUGGAUGGGCAGAGGGGGACAUUUAAUAAUGUGUUCGGUAAAAGUGUUAAAAUUAAAACUCCUGGACAACAGAAGGUGAAUACAAAGUAUGGGAUGCAUAUUUGAUCAUUUAUCUCAUAAAAAAUAUGUCGUCAAUAUCGUUUAAAAUCAUUUUUCAGUGUGUUUCCUGUCGCGAUACGCUCGCGUCAAGCGGAAAAAAUAGACUCGACGCCGAAACGAUCGCUGCACGGCGCGAGGCAGACGCGGCGCAGUGCUUCAGCACAAAGAUUUAACAUGGGAGUGGAUGGGAGCCACAGGAUUGGCGCUGCGCUUCGCCUCGCUUCGGCGUCGCUUCCGCGUCCGGUGUGAACCCGGCGUCAGGCGGCCGGGGACAGGUGCCCUAUACGUUGCUCUCUCCGUGGAAACAACAUACAUGGCGGAUAAUCACUUUAUUCUUUAUGGUAAAUUAAAUAUUUUACUCGUUUAUAAGUGUGUUUGAUCAACUUUGAAGCAGCGCAUUUUAGGAUUAUUUUCAUAAUCUUUUUUCAGAUGGUUUGUAUGAUCUUUUGUUGUUAGUUUACUUUUAACGGAUUUAUUUUGAUGUUGCUAUGGACGCUUUCCUCUGCCACCAUAGUCCGGCACUCACAUAUAAGGCAACCGCAGUUUAAAACUCCCAAACCGGGACCAUUGUCGCAUGCCGUUGACGUGUACUUUGUGAUGGAAUGAGUGAGCGUCCUGGAGCUCCUUGAAAAACGUAACCUUAGCAUUACCGCGAACCGCCAGCAUGGGCUUUUCGGUCUGUUCAGCCUCAAAGCCAUUGGCUAGCAACGGACAUGGAAAUGAGUGAUUGACAGGCUUGCCUGCCAACUAGUAUCACUCGGACAGGUCCUGUCAGAGAGAGAUGCAAGCUCAUAGGCUAGCCAUAGCCGUGACAACUGAACACCACGUGGUGUCUUGUUUACCUUUUUUUAAUAGGGUUACGUAACUAUAAUAACGCCAGAACCUGCUAAACCCCCAUGUUAGCCCUGGAACGUGUAUGUAUUACUCUAUGUAAUUGUUAUUUAGAUUCUGAUUGAAAUUGAAAACAUCUAGUAUUUUAUAGAUAUCUAGAUCAAGAAACCGGAACAUGCCCGGGUUAACUGGGACGUCUGUUCAUUGUACUGCUGAACAUCCGCCUGGAAUUAUUCACGUCCCUGAGUUUUUGAGGUUUUCUUCUGACUACCGAGUCCGGACGCCGGAUGGCUGAAAACAGCAGAGAAGGGGACGUACGUCCCAUGAUAAGAGAGGGGAGAGCUAGGAUAUGGCACGAUGGAACUUAGCUAAAGAGGAGACAGUGUGAGAGCAAACAAAGUCUAUAUUUUACUCUGCAAAUAAGCAAUGAUUCUCACAUACUAUUCGAAACGAUAGUACAGAUGCUGCUACGUCAACAUGUCGCGCGAUGGCGCUGCAGAUUUUUGGGCUCAACUCUACCGACUGAGAAUGCAAACGAGUGAGAAUGCAUCAUUCGCGGGCUGGAACACAUCAUUGACAAUCAAAAUGCCCGGGUCAACAAUGAAAACCUGCAUAUCUUGCAUGCAGCAUAUACGUGUUGCAUGCAAGAUAUGCAAACUUUGUGGAGCCCAACAGCAAAUGAAAAAGGCUGUUGAAAAAGCUAAAGGUAAAGCCGACAGGGAAUGGGGAGCCAAGCUUAAAAAAGGUGGAAAUUUGAACAAAUUGAUGAAUGCUGCCCGGGUUCUGGUUCACAAAUUGAAAAUGGCGGGGUUGCAUCCAAUGCUUCUCUUUGGGAGGGAGAAGAAGGGCUCUGUGACGGCUGACUCCAUCAGUGGCCUGGAGCUAGUUUCAGACACCAAUUACAAGUCCUUGAAAAUCAUAGAAGGACUGUAUGGAAGCCUUGUGACAGUGAUUGUUAAAAGAGAGAGGGCCAACCCAUUAACUCCGGUGGACCCAGAGGGACCGAGGGAACUGGCUGAAUCCCCUCUUCAUCCAGAAGCAACGGAGGAGGAGGGAGAGGAAGGGGAGGAAGGGGAGGAGGAAGAGACAUUCGACCUCUUGUUGACACCUUGUGACCCUGCACCUACAGCUCCUGCCACGGCCCCAUCCACCUCGCAUUCACCUCCUGGACCAAGUUCCCCACCCUCAUCUCCCCCGCUCUCCAACUCAAAAGAGAGCUGUCCACCAAAACAUCCCGACCCUGCACCUAUAGCUCCUGCCACGGCACCAUCCACUUCCUAUUCACCGCCUGGACCAAGUUCCCCAACCUCAUCUCCCCUGCUCUCCAACUGCAAAGAGAGCUGUCCAGCAAAACAUCCACGGACCCGCAAAGGUGGCUCUGUGAUCCAGCACAUUUAAAUAUAAAUAAUAAGAAGAAGAAUAAAGUGUGUAGUUUAAGCUUUAACCUGAGGUGGUUUACAUGCAUAUUAGUAAAACCAUGUAGGAAUCAUCCCCCUUUUCACAUAGUAGC